CUUCACACUAUCUAACUACCUACCUAUCCAAUCUUUCUUUACAUCUAUAUAUCAACGCAGAAGCUCAACAGCAUCUCAAAUUAAACCUAACAGGGCCAAGAUAAUAAGGAGAUAUCUUAAACCUAUUGUGAUGCAUGUCUAUUAUUCUCAAGCAAGCCUCAUAGUUUAUGAAAAAUACGAGUGAUCUUUCCACUUACUUCUCAAAAAGAAAAUACGGAUAGUUGCAUAUAUACAUCCCAUGCAUCUCUCUCCCCCUAUUAGAGAUCUUAAAGGUCGACUUACAACAACUACAUGGCCUUGGUUGAACUUGUAGUUCGCAACUACGACCUACCAACCCACAUAUGGAUCCAGAUGACGACUCCGAGUACGGCCCCGCCAGCAGUGAAUCCGGUCAGCCCCCCCAGCCUCUGUCCCUGCCCUCGCCUCGGCCCGGGGAGAGUAUCCGCAAGCGCCGUCUCAAGACGGUAGAACCAUCCCCUACAGUAUCGCUGCCUAAGCGACAAAAGGGAGUCUUCAACUUCCAGUAUAUCAACAUUCUUAACGAAGAAAUUCGCGAUGCCGCGGCGGGAAUCAUCAGAGACGAACCCCUGGGCCUAGCACCGGCCAAGAUCGGCAUCGUGUCGUGGACUCCUUCCGAGAAGCACGUCUUCUUCUCGGCUCUGGCGCGGUUAGGGCGCGACGAUAUUGCUGGUAUCGCGGCAAGGAUCGGCACUAAGAGCCCGCUCGAAGUCCAGCAGUAUUUGGUGCUGCUUAAUGAGGCAGAGCGUGCUCGACGGGAGAAUGACGGUAAGAGACAGCGGGCGUUACGCCCUGUCGAUGUACCUGCCGCGGCAGAACUUAGUACCGAGUUGUGUGCGGCCUUGGAGCAAGCAGCGGAUGGCAUCGCACUACGAUGUGAGAGGCAUGAGACGGCACUGGAGCAGAAGCGCUGGCAGGGUCGGUGGCUGGUUACGGCGCAAUUAGCACGGCUACUUGAGCGCCAGCAGCGUAGCAACCGCAGUAACAACAACCGCAAUACCGCGAUGGCAGAGACAAAUGACCUCCCCCCGUUUGCAGAGCUUUUCGUCCUGCGUAACUGGCUACGGCUCUCAGAGCGCGUCUUCAUGAACUCGUCCGUGGUCCCGGACGGUAACUGGCGCGGCGUAUCAGAGGAGCCACCUUCGAUCCGAGCCACGGCGCUCGCCGACUUUCACUCGUUAGCGUUAAGCGUUACACGGCGUCUCGUGAGCGCAACACUCUACGUAGCGAGCUCCCGGGUGCGCGCGAAACGUGCCGGGGACCGCCGCAACCGCACGGGGGGCCUCGUUAAGAUCAAAGACGUGCAGGCCGCCGUAGCAUCAGUCGGGAUGACCGAGAACAGCCGCAAAUUCUGGGCACGAGCGGCACGCAGGCUACGGCUUGACGUGUACGAUGACGAGCAGGACGAUGAAAGCGAAGACGUAUUAGGGAUGACAGACCAGGAGCAUUUAUCUGGUAACGGGGAAGACGACGACGAAGAUCUCAAUACCGAAGCUGAAGACAUAUCUGAAAGCGACACAAGCGAACGGGAGGAAGAAGAACCCACCGCCCCCUCCGAAAUAGAUGAUAAUAAAACAGACACCUCAUCCACCUCCGAGCCCCCCCCAAUGCCCUACGACAAAGUCGAAGCCGCCCUAGGCUUCCCCCCCAUCUCCCACCCAACGCAAGAAUUCCCCGCCGACCUCCCCGAAAUAUCCUCUACUUCCUCCGAGCUCUCAUUCUCAGACUCAGCCCCCGACUCCGAUUCCGAUUCCGAUUCCGAUAUACCCAUGAAAGACCCCCCGUCCCCGUCCCCGUCCCCGUCCCCCUCAUCAGAAGAAGAAGACUCCCCCGCCCUAGCCCAAGACCUCCACGAAGCCCUGACCUACACGGCAGCUUACGACCGCACCACAGCCACGCGCUCGCGCGACGCGCUGCGCGCCCGCAUCCGCGUGGAGCACGAACUGUGGGCGGAUGCGGAGCGCGCUGACGCGCAGGCCGCGGGUAGGGAGGAGGCGCGGCUGUGGAGGGUGGUGGUGCAUGAUGGGAGGGGCAGGGUGGAGGUAGACGAAGAGGACGAGCACGAGCACGGCGAGGGUAGAGAUGAGAAAGGGGAAGGGAGGCCGGAGAUGCGAAGGCGAUCGGGGUUGGUGGAUCUGGGUGCAAAUUGGAGGGAUCAUGUCGAGUAUUAUAGCGAGUGGGAGGUUGCGGGAGGGAAGAGAAUGGUUGCGGGGGGUUCGAAUGCUAAGGACUAAAAAGCCGGUUUGGAUGUGACGGGAGCGGUAUGGCAUAGUAGUCUAUUUGCCUACGUAUAGGGGUGUCUUAAGCGUUGUGUGAAUACCUUGAUAGGGGAUAUUAGAGG